ACAAAACUAAAAACACAAAUUUGUUUAAAAAUCAUUAUUGCUUGCUGCCCCAAUUUCCUUAAUUUCAUUCGUUAUUUCCAGGUCUGUGAUGUUGUAUUUGUUAUUAAAUAUGAAGGAAAAUAAUUGACCGUCAUGUCAGCCCUCCUCGCUUCACAACGUCCGUUCAAUAAGUUACACUUCCGGCGAAAUCAAAUGGAAUAAGUGUUGGCCUUUGACCAUGUAGUCAGUUUAUCAAAGGUGGAUUUGCUGAACGAAUUGUACAGGCGACAUUUUAAAUUACAAGGAGACGAUGCUUAGGAGUAAUGGAUCACAUUAGUCGUAUUUUGCUGUUGGCCCAAGUUUUACAGAUUAUCGCUGGCUCGGAGAUCUCGCUGGUGGCACAAAAUGGUCCGCUCUAUUUCUACACGGUCGGAUUUCCACAAGAUUAUCACAGCGACACGAACGAGACGUGGCGGAUCAGAGCCUUUACGGACGAGUACGUGGUGAACGCCCAGGUGAUCGCCACCAACAUAGAGGGGAGCCUCCCCACCUGUCAGUGGGACAACGCCACCUUCUUCGACGGCGACUCUAUAUAUUCAACUAGACUGGGAUAUUUUUGUGGCUACGAAAGACCGUGGUAUACCAGUAGCGGACAGUAUAUGACCGUGCGUUUCGUGUCGGACAGUUCAAUACAGAGGAUGGGCUUCAAAGUGAAAUACUGGUGUAAUCCGAAGACAGGGUUCGGAAUUUCCUCUCUGGUGCUCUCCGAGACCGAAUUCAAGAAGACCGGCGCAAUAUUGGGCAUGAUCACGAUUUUCGGCUUGUUUGCGGCACUUGCGGUUACCUGCUACAACAAGAUCGGCCCGAGAAGUGCCUGGGUCCACCGGACCCUGCUCAGCAACAAGAUGAAGUGCAACAAGGUGGGCGUGGCUCCAAUGUGAACGACAAAAUCGUAUCUCUACACAAGCAGAGUCCAAACGAUAUUUUGACUUCAUGACCGCUCCUCUGCACCAUAGUCAGGUGUUACGACAUCAGAAUGACUGCCACCCCACUUUCCAGAACUGGUGUUAAAAUUAGCUAAAUAUAACUUCGUAUGCAGUCACUGUUUGUAGGAAAUAAUUUAUAGUUGAUCGAGGAUGAUGAUCGAUGUGUGGAAAAAUACAAAUAUGGAAUGUUUAUUGUUACAGCUUUAGGUUUGAUAUAAUGAUGUUCGAAACAACGAUGUUCUACUCUUUUAACAGCCACGCAAUUUUAUUGUACAUGUCCUGAGAAAUCUGUUUACAGACCUUACACCAAUUGCGAUUACGACCAAGUUGGCUUUAUUGACAUGCUGCACAAUACACGUGUUUAUGUUCACAAGGGAGAUAAUCGGGGUAUCCUGUGUAUACAUAUGGUUGUUGUAGACAGUCAGCCGCAACAGGUGUGAUGCAUUUUUCUUGCCUCAUAAUACAACAACAACUAUUUAUAAUUUUUAAAACCACCAACUCUAGUUCCAUUGGCGUAAUCAGGA